AUGAAGCAACAACUAGAGGAUAGAGAGCACAUAGAACAGUUAGGGGUUGGAUUUGGGCUCAUAAAUAAAAUAGUUUUUAUGGAAAAAAUUGUGAAAAACGUAUCAGAUUCAGUUUAAUAAGAAAUCCUUGCCCUGAAAGUAGCCAGGAAGUAGCCAGGAUAAACUGUAAUCCAUGGUUCAGAGUUGUUUAAAUAGCCACUAUUAACUUGAGGACAUUUGGCCACAAACGCUGAACUUUGUCUAAUUGCCCCCAUAACCCACAUCGUUGUUUUUUGUUAGCCAUCUGACUAUAAGGUGUAAAAAUUGCGAACUAUCCCUUUAACGUCUUCAAUUCAAUAAAUUGAAAUUGACCCCAACCAGUAGCGGGUAAAAUCACUGGAGGAAUGACAAACCAGUAAAAAAAAGCCAUAUUACAACCUACUGUGAUAAUUGCAUUGUUUGCUCUAUAACCAAGGAUUCUUAACAGCUUCUACCCCCAAGCCAUAAGACUACUGAACUGUCAAAUGGCUACUCUGACUAUUUACAAUGACCCCAUUUUGUACUCUGCUGCUACUCGCUGUUUAUUAUCUAUGCAUAGUCAGUUUAACUCUACCUACAUGUACAUAUUACCUCAAUUACCUUGACUAACCUGUACCCCGCACAUUGACUCGGUACCGGUACCCCCCUGUAUACAGCCUCGUUAUAGUUAUUUUUAUUGUUGCUCUUUUAUUUUUGUGCUUUCAUUUUAUUUAGUAAAUAUUUUCUUAACUCUUAUUUUUCUUAAAACUGCAUUGUUGGUUAAGGGCUUGUAAUUAAACACUUCACGGUAAGGUCUACACCUGUUGUAUUCGGCACAUGUGACAAAUACAAUUUGAUUUGAUUUGAUAACCCAUUUGUUCAUAUGCCACCGUCAGUGGCGACCCAUCAUUUUUUAGCCCCACCUGUUCAGCAAAAAAAAAAAAAAUUGUUGCCUGUUUUGCAUGUUAUUUUGGCAUUCAUACGUGUCACAUAUCAGUUUGCAAACAAUGCAAAAAUAAAUACAUUAUAAAGCUGCAAACAACCAUGGACUCUUUUUUGCUUUCUUGAGUAAGGCAGCUCCAAAAUGCAGGUGUUUCAGCCUAGCUCAGUGCUUUCUGUGGUGGUGGGGCAGCCAGCGGAAAAUACGGAGCAUAGAGGUUGGUAAUGUUCUCUAGUUGCGCCGUGAUUGGCUCAGUGUUCUGUCACUCAUGGGGACACUACGUCACCGCAAAAUCUACAGGGAGAGCUCGAAAGUUCAAGCCCCCUUGGGUGCUGCCAUAGAUUCACAUUAGAAGUGCCCAUCCAAGAAGGCUCAAGGUCAUUGGCCACAGAUAAAAUGACGUCAAAUCACAUUAUAUCUACCGUAGCUUUGACUGGACUGAUCAUGUCUGAUCUACUGGCAAAUCCUUUUCAAUCCUUGUCAUAUGAAGAGAAAUUAUAGAUAAAACGUAUCGGUGCUCAUCGGACAUUGGACAUAAACAUUACACAACAAGUUGGAAAUCGCAAAUUCAACAAUGAGUGGUUUGGAAGGAAUCAGUGGCUAAGUGCAAGCAUUGCAAAGAAAUCACUAUUUUGCUUCCCCUGCCUGCUAUUCGGUGGAGAAGGUGUGUGGUCCAAGUCUGGGUUUAAGGAUAUAUUUUCCAAGCUUAAAAGGAUAAACAUUCACACGCAACACCAUGGGCCAGAAAAGGUUGAAUACAUUGGCCAUGCUGUCAAUCCAGCAGGACUUCUGCCGCGUUCAAAACAACUGGAAACUCGGAACUGGGAAAUCUCAGAUUUCAGUGAGUUCAAGACAACUGGGAACUCUGAACAAAACGAGCUCAGACUGGGAAAAUAUGUUUUGAACGGUCAUCCAACUUGGAAUUCCAAGUCGGGAACUGCGGCCUCUUUCUAGAGCUCCGACCUGAAGACCACUGACGUCAUGAUUCAACCUUUUUUUCUUCUUCAGUGUUCCCAGUUGUCUUGAAAGCACCAUAAAUCUAGAGAAUGACAGAGUUUGAUGACAAAGUUUAAUAACAAAACUUGCCCACAAGAAGAUACGCCACGCCACCUUCCUGUUCAAGUGAGCACCGCACAACGGUGAGUCCAAAAUGUAUUGAAUGCUGCUGCAUAAAUGAUGUAAUAUGCCAGGGAGAUAUGUCUACUGUAGCUAAGCUGUCCAUCAUUACACUGCUCCAUCAUGACAUCAUUACACUGUCCAUCAUGACAUCAUUACACUGUCCAUCAUGAUACUGUCCAUCAUGACACUGUCCAUCAUUACACUGUCCAUCAUGACAUCAUGACACUGUCCAUCAUGACAUCAUUACACUGUCCAUCAUUACACUGUCCCAUCAUGACAUCAUUACACUGUCCAUCAUGACAUCAUUACACUGUCCAUCAUGACAUCAUUACACUGUCCAUCAUUACACUGUCCAUCAUGACAUCAUUACACUGUCCAUCAUGACAUCAUUACACUGUCCAUCAUGACAUCAUUACACUGUCCAUCAUGACAUCAUUACACUGUCCAUCAUUACACUGUCCAUCAUUACACUGUCCAUCAUGACACUGUCCAUCAUGACACUGUCCAUCAUGACAUCAUUGAACCCUGUCCCACAUUACACUGUCCACAUUACACUGUCCAUCAUGACACUGCCAUCAGACAUCAUUACAGGCUGUCUCAUGACCUUCCAUCAGUUACAUUACACUGUCCAUCAUGACACUGUCCAUGCAUGACACGUGUCCAUCGAUGACAUCAUUACCCUGGCCAUCAUUUACAACACUGUCCAUCCUAACAACACUGUCCACAUGACAUCAUUACUGUCAAUCAAUGACACUGUCCCAUCAUGCCAUCAUUUAACACCUGUCCUCAUGUACGUCCCAUCAUGGACAUCAUUAAACUGUCCCUCAUUAACACUGUCCAUCAUUACACUGUCCCAUCAUGACAUCAUUUUACCUGUCACAUCAUAACAUCAAUUACACUGUCCAUCAUGACAUCAUUACACUGUCCCUCAAUGACAAUCUUUAACAAACACUGUCCAUCCUGACAAUCAUUACACGGUCCAUCAUGAUACUGUCCAUCAGACACUGUCACAUCAAUUAAACAGACUGUCCCCAUAAUGACAUCCAUUACCUGUCCAUCAGACACUGUCCAUCAUGAAACUGUCCACCAUGACAUCAAGUACACUGUCCAUCAACACUGUCCCCAUCAUACAUCAUUACACUGUCCUCAUGACAGCAUUACACUGUCCCAUCAUGACAUCAUUACACUGUCCUCAUAUACUUCCAUCAUGACACUGUCCACAGCACUUGGCCAUCAUGACCUGUCCCCCCUCAUGACAUCAUUAAAACACUGUCCAUCAUGACAGCUUUCCUCCAUUUACAAGACUGUUCCAUCAGGACACUGUCCAUCAUGACAACUGUCCACCAUGACAUCAUUACCUGUCCAUCAUGACACUGUCCAUCAUGACAUCAUUACAACUGUCCAUCAUGACAAUCAUUACACUGUCCAUCAUGACAUCAUUACACUGUCCAUUCAUGACCUGUCCAUAUGACAUCAUUACAACUGUCCAUACAUGACAUCAUACACUGUUACACACUGUCCAUCUACUCACUACAAACUUUCCAUCAUGCAGCAUUACAACACUGUCCAUCAUGACAUCAUUCAGCUGUCCCAUCAUUACACGGUCCAUCAUGACACUGUCAUCAUUAACCCCUGUCGCCUCAUUACACUGUACCCUCAUGAGAUCAUUACAACCCUCCUCAUGACAUCAUGACCUGUCCGCAUGAAACUGGUCCUCAUUACACGUUCCAUCAUUACAAAGUCCAUCAUGACAUCAUUACACUGUCCAUCAUGACAUCAUUUACACUCUCCAUCAUACAAUCCUGACCUGUCCCAGCAUGACAUCACUUACGCGGUCCAUCAUGACACUGUCCACAUGAUAUCAUUACCCUGUCCAUCAUGCCAGCAUGACACUGUCCAUCAGACACUGUCCACAGGCAUCAUUACACUGUCAGCAUGGGAUCCACUGUCCAUCAGUAAUUACACCCUGUCCAUCAUGACAUCAAUUAACUGUCCAUCAUGACAUCCUUACAACUCUCCAUCAUGACAUCAAUUACCUGUCCAUCAUUACACUGUCCCAUAUUACAUCAAUUCCUUGUCCAUCAUUACACUGUCCAUCAUGACACUGUCCAUCAUGACAUCAUUCACUCUCUCCACAGUGACACAUGACCGCUGUCCUCAUGACAUCAUUACACUUUCUCAGUCAUGACAGCGUCCAUCAUGAUACUCAUUUACACUGUCCAUCAGACAUGCAUUGACACUGCCAUCCAUACACGUCCUCAUGACAUCAUUACACUGGCCAUCAAUGCCACUGUGUUCCUCAUUACAACACUGUCCAUCAUGCACUCUUUACAACUUCCAUCAUACAUCUUACACUGUCCAUCAUACACUGUUCCAUCAUUGACCUGCCUCAUUACAUCAUUUACACUGUCCAUCAUUACACUGUCCAUUCUACCCUGUCCAUCGUGACAAUCAUUACCAAAUCUGUCCAUCAUUACAUAUUACAGACCCUCGUGCUACCAUCAUGACAUCAUUACUCCUGGCCAGGCAUGUAUCACUGCGUUCCAUCAAUUACACUGUCCAUCAUUACACUGUCCAACAUGACCACUGUCCCUCAUGACAUCAUUACACUGUCCAUCAAUGACACUGUCCAUCAUGCAUAAUUAAAACUGUGUCCAUCAUUUACACUGUCCAUCAUUACACUGUCCAUCAUGCAUCAUUACAACUGUCCAUCAUCAUGAACAAUCAUUACACUCCCAUCUGACCUCAUAACACUGUCCCUCAUGACAUCAUUACACGUCCAUCAUUUACACUGUCCAUCAUGACUCUUCCACUGUCCAUCAUGACAUCUUACACUGUCCUCAGACUCAUUAACACGGUCCUCAUGACAUCAUUACACCUGUUCAUCAUGACCUGCCCAUCAUUACACGUGUCCAUCAUACAUCAUUACCUGUCCAUCAUUACCCUGUCCACAUGACACAUUUACACUGUCCACAUGACAUCCAUUACCGUCCAUCAUGACAUCAUUAUACACUAGUCCAUCAUGAUACUGUCCAUCAUUACACUGUCCCUCAUUACACGGUCCAUCAUGACAUCAUUACACCUCCAUCAUUACAUAUGACACUGUCCAUCAUGACAUCCUUACACUGUCCAUCAUGAUCCUGUCCAUCAUGACACUGUCCAUCCAUUACACUGUCCAUCAUGACAUCAUUAAACACUCUCCCUCUCCAUCAUGACAUCUGACACUGCCCAUCAUGAGCACUGUCCAUCAUGACACUGUACCAUCAUACACUGUCCCAUCAUGACUCAUUCCACUCUCCAUCAUGACAUCCAUUGACACUGUCCAUCAUGACAUCCUUACACUGUCCCAUCAUGAUACUGUCCCUCAUGACAAAAACUGUCCAUCAUUACCCUGUCCAUCAUAUGACACUGUCCAUCAUUACACUGUCAAUCCAUUACAUCAUUACAACUUCUCUCCAUCAUGACAUCAUGACACUGUCCAUCAGCAAUCGCUAACAACUGUCCUCAUGAUACUGUCCAUCAUGAACACUGUGCCAUCAUUACACACUGUCCAUCUGACCCUCAUUACACUGAACCAAAGUCAUUACAAUACAGCUGUCCAUCCUUACUCAUGACACUGUCCAUGGUCAUUGACACUGUUCCAGGCAUUACACCUGUCCAUCAUUCACUGUCCAUCAUUACAAUCAUUACACUGUCCAUCAUGACAUCAUGAACACUGUACAUCGAUGACAUCAUUACACUGUCCAUCCUGACACUGUCCAUCAGUUCGACUGUCCAUCAUGAUAUCAUUACAAAUCAUUACACUGGUCCAUCAUGACAUCAUUACCUGUCCAUCAUGACACUGUCCAUCAUUAACGUCCAUUCAUGAACACUGCCAUCAUUAACAUCAUUACAUUACACUGUCCAUCAUGACAAUGUCCAUCAUUACACUGUCCACUGACAUCAGUUCACUCUCCAUCAUGACAUCAUGAACUGUCCCAUCAUGACAAUCAUUUACAACAACUGUCCCCAUGACACUGCCUCACAUUAACACUGUCCCCAUCAUGACAUCCUGACACCUCUCCAUCAUGACACAUGACCACUGUCCAUCAUGACAUCAUUUACACUGGUCCCUCAUGACACUGCCAAUCAUAACACACUUCCCUCAUGACACUGUCCAUCAGACAUCAUUACACUGUCCAUAUGACAUCAUUACACUUCCCAUCCUGAUACUGUCCAUCAUGACCCUGUCCAUCUUACACUGUCCCAUCAUGACAUCAUUACACUGUCCCUCAUGACACUGUCCCUCCUUACACACUGUCCAUCAUGACAUCAUGUACACUCAUCCAUCAUGACAUCAUGACACUGUCCCAUCAUGCACGUCCAUCAUUACCUGGCCAUAAUUACACUGCCAUCAUGACAAUCAUUACACUGUCCAUCAUGACAUCAUUACAACACUCUCCAUCAUGACAUCAUACAACUGGUCCCAUCACUGCAAUCAUUACAACAACUGUUCAUCCAUGACACUGCCUCAUGACCUCAAAAAAUUUUUUUACAACUGUCCAUCAUUACACUGUCCAUCAUUUACCUGUCCAAUCAGUUAAUCAUUACACUGUCCGAUCAUGACAUCAUGACCUGUCCAUCAUGCAUAACUGUCCAUCAUGACCAACUGUCCAUCAUGAACUGUCCAUCAUUGACAUCAUACACUGUCCAUCAAUACAUCAUUACACUCUCCAAUCAUGACAUCAUGACACUGUCCAUCAUGACAUCAUUACCAACUGUCCAUCAUGACCCUGUCCACAUUACAACUGGUCCAUCAUGACACUGUCCUCAUGACAUUAUGACACUGUCCAUCAUGAUAUCAUUACACUGUCCAGCAUGAACAUCCUUACACUCAUCCAUCACUGACCCGUCCAUCAUGACACUGUCCAUCAUUAGACUGUCCAUCAUACACUGUCCAUCAUGACACAUUACACUGUCCAUCAUGGACACUGUCCAGCAUGACACUGUUCCAUCAUGACAUCCAGUACACUCACUCUCCUCUGCACAUCAUUGGACACUGUCCUCAGGACCUCCUUCACUGUCCAUCAUGACACUGUCCAUCAUUACACUGUCCUCAUGACAUCAUUACACUCUCCAUCAUGACAUCUGACCCUGUCCAUCAUACAUCAUUACACUGUCCACAUGAAUACUGAUCCUCAUGACACUGUUCCAUCAUCACAAUAACACUUUCCCAUCAUGACAUCAUCAUCCAAUCUGUCCAUCAUGGACAUCAUGACACUGUCCAUCCUGACACUGGUCCAUCAUUACAACUACACUGUCCGGCCCAUCAUUACACUGUCCUCCGAUGACAUCAUUACAACUGUGGUCCAUGCACUGAAUCAUCAUUACAUCUCUCCAUCAUUGACACUUCUCCAAGCGUAUGACCCAUCAUGUAUGGUCCAGCAUGAACAUCAUUAGCACUCGUCACUUUCUUAUCUCAUGACACUGUCCAUCAAUGGUAACACGUCAUUCAUUGUCCAACUCAUUGUGGACAAUCCCUUAGUCCCCGGUCAUUACACAUGUCUUUCAUUUCCCUCCAGUUACAUCAUGCUUACAGCCUUUCCCAUCAUGACCCCCUUCAGUCCAUUCAUUACAUGCGUCUCCAUGACUAUCGACUUACAAACUCCUCCUCUGACAUCAUGACACUGGCCAUCAGGACUUCGCAUCUUUGCGAUAGCGGUCCUAUCAGCAGUAUGACAAGCGUGUCCCUAGUCCGUAAACAAGCGUGACUCUGUAAGAUUGCCAUCAUGACACACUCAUUACACUCUCUUUCCUCCAUCAUGACAUGCAUAGCACUCUGUCCAUCCAUUGACAUCAUUUACACUGUCAAUACCUUGGCUUGGAUAGUCCAUCAUUACUACUGUCCAACUUACCAGCUGUAUCACUCAUGACACGCUGUCUCAUCACUGUCCAGCAGUACAGCUCGUCGUACGACUGUCUGCAUCACGUGACCAGUCUUAAUCACAUCGUGUCUCAUCCUUCUCGCGGCCACGCCGUGUCACGUGCCAGGGACCGGGCAGGACAUUUCCUGUUCCAUCCAAUGGACACUGUUGCCUCAUUACACCACAUGUCCCAUCAUCGAACCUCAUUACACCUGUCCAUACGAUGACACUGUCCACACUGGCAACGCACUUACCACACUGUCCACACCAUGACAAUCCAUUAUACCUCCUCCAUCAAUGUCACAACUUCUUCAUGACGACUGGUCCAUCAUGACCCUUAUCUCCCCAGCAUGUACACACUGUCCGAUUAAUAGUAUAACUAAGCUGUCACAUACAAUCUACCGUCAUUGGAAACACUGUCCAUCAUGACCUCAUUACACUCUCCAUCAUAACAUCAUGACACUGUCCAUCAUGACAUCAUUAACUGUCCAUCAAUGACACUGUUCCAUCAUACACAAUUAACUGGCCAUCAUUCCAUGUCCAUCAUUACCCUGUCCAUCAUGACUCAUUAACACUCUCCAGCGGCUCAUGACAUCAUGACACUGGUCCAUCAUUACAAUCAUGACACUGUCCAUCAUUAACUGGCCAUCAUUCACAACACUGUCCAUCAUGACACUGUCCCAUCAUGACAUCAUGACCUGUCCAUCAUGAUAUCAUUACAAACCUACACGGUCACAAUCAUGACAUCAUUACACUGUCCAUCAUGACACUGUCCAUCAUUACACUGUCCAUCAUGACACUGUCCAUCAUGACAUCAUUACACUGUCCAUCAUGACACUGUCCAUCAUGACCUGUCCCAUCAUGACAUCAUUAAAUCUACACGCUCCAUCUGACAUCAUGACACUUUCCCAUCAUGACUCAUUACAACUGUCCAGCAUGACACGUCCCAUCAGUACACUGUCCAUCAAUGACAUCAUUACAUGUCCAUCAUGAACUGUCCAUCAUGCACGGCACUGUCCAUCAUGACCCAUGAACACUGUCCCCAUCAUGACACUGUCCAUCAUGACACUGUCCAUCAUGACACUGUCCAUCAUGACACUGUCCAUCAUGACAUCAUUACACUGUCCAUCAUGACACUGUCCAUCAUGACACUGUCCAUCAUUACACUGUCCAUCAUGACACUGUCCAUCAUUACACUGUCCAUCAUGACAUCAUUACACCCUCCCAGCAUGACAUACAUGACACUGUUCCAUCAUGACAUCAUUACACUGGCCAUCAUGAACACUGUCCAUCAUUACACUGUCCAUCAUGAAUAAAAUCAUUACAACUGUCCAUCAUGACAUCAUUAAACUGUCCAUCCUGACCUGUCCAUCAUUACACUGUCCCUCUGACACUGUCCCAUCAAUGACAUCAAUUACCUGUCAUCAUGAGCCUGUCCAUCAUUAUCCCUGUCUCAUCAUGACAUCAUUAACACUCUCCACAUGACAUCAUGACACGGUCCAAUCAUACUCAUUACACUGUCCUCAUGACCCUGGUCCCAUCAUGACCUGUCCAUCAUUACAUCAAUUCCAACAUACCUGUCCAUCAUGACACUGUCCAUCAUUACAACUGUUCCAUCUGACAUCAAUACAGGGCUUGUCCCAUCAUUACACUGUCCAUCAUUACACUGGUCCAUCAUACCUGUCCAUCCUGACAUCAUUUAACAACUGUCCAUCAUGACAUCAUUACCUGUCCAUCAUGAACUGUCCCAUCAUGACACUGUCCCAUCAUGUACACUGUCCAUCAUGACAUAAUUACACCGUCCAUCUGACUCACUGUCCUCAUACACUGUCCAUCAUGACAGCAUUUACACUGUCAUCAGGAUACUGUCCAUCAUGACACGGUCCAUCAUUUACACUGGUCCAUCAGACAUCCUUACACUGUCCAAUCUGACACUGUCCAUCAUUACACACCCCUGUCCCAGCAUUACACUGUCCACAUGACAUCAUACACUGUCCAUCAUGACAUCAUAAUUAUCACACUCUCCAUCAUGACAUCAUGACACGUCCAUCAUUACAUCAUUACACUGUCCAUCAUGACACUGUCCAUCAUGGGGACAUCAUAAACUGUCCAUCAAAUGACAAUCAAUUACACUGUCCAUCAUUACACUGUCCAUCAUGACAACGUCCAUCAUGUCAAACCCUGUCCAUCAUGACACCUGUCCUCCAUGACACAUGACAAUGUUCCGUCAUGGAUAUCCAUUAACAACUGUCCAUCAUGACAUCAUUCCACUGUCCAUCAUGACACUGUCCAUCAUUACAUUCCACUGUCCCUCAUGACCCUGUCCAUCAUGACAUCAUGACCCUGUCCACAUGACAUCAUACACCUGUCCAUCAUGACCAACUGUCCCCAUGACAUCAUGACAACUGUCCAUCAUGACACUGUCCAUCCUUAACAACUGCCCAUCAUUACUUACACUGUCCAUCAUAACAUCAUUACACUCUCCAUCAUGACAUCAUGACCAACGUUCCAUCAUGACAUCAUUACACUGUCCAUCAUGACACUGUCCAUCAUUACACUGUCCACAUUACACUGUCCAUCAGGAACUGUCCAUCUGACACUGUCCCAUCAUGACAUCAUUACACUCUCCAUCAUGACAUCCUGACACUGUCCAGCAUGACAUCAUUACCCUGUCCAUCAUGACAAACUGUCCAUCAUAAUACACUGUUCCAUCACAUGACACUGUCCACCAUCAUGACAUAUGACACUGUGUCCAAUCAGGAUAUCAUUACACUGUCCAUCAAUGACAUCAUUACCUGGUCCCAUUCAUGACACUGUCCUUCAUUACACUGGCCAUCAUGACACUGUCCUCAAUGACCUCUUACCCUGUCCAUCAUGACAUGUCCAUCCAUGACAAUGCCAUCAGAACAUCAUUACGACUCUCCAUCUGACAUCAUGACACUGCCCAUCUGACAUCAUUACCUGUCCAGCAUGACACUGUCCCAUUCAUUACACUGUCAAUCAUGACAUCUUACAUUGUCCAUCAUGACACUGUCCAUCAUGACACUGUCCUAUGACAUAUUACACUUCCUCAUGACAACUGUCCAUCGGACACUGUCCUCAUGACACUGUCCCUCAUGACAUCAUUACCGUCCAUCAUGACACUGUCUCAUCCUGAACAAAACCGUCCCAUCAUUACAACUGCCAUCAGACACUGUCCAUCAUGACACUGUCCAUCAUUACUCAUUACUUGUCCCAUCAAUGACACUGUCCCUCAUGAAACUGUCCCCAUCAUUACAUCAUUACAACUGUCCAGCAUGACAGCAUUUAACACUGGCCAUCAUGACAUCAUUACACUGUCCAUCAUGGACAUCAUUACACUUCCAUCAUGACAACUGGCCAUCAUUACACUGUCCAUCCAUACAUUACAACGUCCAUCAUUACCCACUGUCCAAUCAUGACAUCGAUUACACUGGCCAUCACUGACACUGAUCCAUCAUUACACUGUCCAUCAUGACAUCAUUAAACUUCCACAUUAAACACACUGUCCAUCAGAUACACUGUCAAUCAGAACAUCAUUCACUUGUCCAUCAUGACAUCAUUCCACUGUCCAUCAUACAUCUACACGGUCCAUCAUGACAUCAUUAACCUGCCAUCAUGACAUCUUUACAACUGUCCAUCAUGACCUUCAUUCAUCCACUGUCCAUCAGGAACAUCAUUACCACUUCCAUCAUACCGCUGUCCAUCAUUCACUGUCCAUAUUACACUGUCCAUCAUUGACAUCAUACACUGUCCAUCAGCACACUGUCCAUCAUGACAUCAUUAACAGGUCCAUCACAUGACAUCAUUACCCUGUCCAUCAUGACACUGUCAAUCAUUACAACAUUACACUGUCCAUCAUGACACUGUCCUCAUGACACUGUCCAUCAUACAUCAUUACACUGUCCAUCUUACAUCAUUACAGUCCAUCAUGACAAUCAUUCAAGCUUGUCCCAUCAUGACCCUGUCCCUCAUUUACUCUUCCAAUCAUACAUCAAUUACAACACUCUCCAUCAUGAAACAUCAUGACACUGUCCCAUUUAGGGACAUCAUUACACUGUCCAUCCUGAUAACGUCCAUCAUGACACUGUCCAUCAUUACACUGUCCCAUCAUUACAUCAUUAACAUCUCCACAUGACAUCAUUACCACUGUCCAUCAUGCACUGUCCAUCAUGACACUGUCCCUCAUUACAACACUGUCCUCUGACAUCAUUACAACUGUCCUCAAUGACAGCAUUAAACUGUCCAUCAUUACAUAUGUCCCUCAUUACACUUCCAUCAUGCCUCAUUUACAACACGUCCAUCAUGACAAAAUCCAUUACAAACUUGUCGCUCAUGAUCUUUACACAACUGUCCAUCAUGUACACUGUCACAUGCAUCAUUACACAGAUCCAUCAUGACAGCUUUACACUGUCCAUCAUGACACGUGUCCAUAUUACACUUUCCAUCAUGACCCUUCCAUCAUGACACGUCCAUCAUGACAUCAUGACAAACAACACAACAACUUCAUCCUGACAUCUUUACACUGUCCUCUGACACUGUCCAUCAAUGACACUCGCAUCAUGACAUCAUACACUGUCCCCUCAACAUCAUUACACUUCCUCAUGACAUCAUACAAACUCCACAUGCAUCAUUACAACCCUGUCCAUCAUGAACUGUCCAUCAUACACUUCCAUCAUUACCUGGUCCAUCAUGACAUCAUUCCCUGUCCAUUCAUUAACACUUCCAUCGACCGCCCACUGUCCAUCAUACAGCUGUCCCUCAUGACAACAUUACAACUUUCCAUCAUGACAUCAUUAACAGACACUGUCCAUCAUAACAUCCAACAUCAUUACAACUGUCCAUCUGACUCUUACACUGUCCAUCAUGACAAUCUUUACACUGUCCAUCAUGACAUCAUUUACACUGUCAACAUCAUGACAUCAUUAACUGCCAUCAUGAACUGUCCAUCAUGACAAUCAUACAUUGUCCAUCAUACAGCCGUCUGGCAUACACUGGCCAUCUACAGCAUUACAACUGUCCAUCUGGGACAUCAUUACCACACACUGUCCUGCAUGACUCAUUCACCUGUCCUCCAUCAUGACACUUCCAUCCUUAUCCCUGUCCAUCAUAUACAACUGUCCAUCAUUACACUGUCCAUCAUGACCUGUCCAUCAUUAACUGUCCUCCUGACAAUCAUUCACUCUCCAUCAUGACAACAUGACACUGUCCCAUUAUGACAUCAUUACACUGUCAUCAUGAUCUUCCAUCAUGACACUGCCAUCAUUACAACUGUCCAUCAUACAUCAUUACACUCUCCAUAUUACAUCCAUUACCUGUCCAUCAUGACACUGUCCCGCAGACACUGUCCAUCAUUACACUGUCAUCUGACAUCUUACAACGUCCAUCAUGACUCAUUAAACCUGUCCUCACUUACAACUGUCCAUCACUUACACUGUCCAUCAUGACAAUCAUUUACCACUGUCCAUCAUGACAUCAUUACACUGUCCCAUACAUCAUUAGACACUGUACCAUCAUGACACUGUCCCAUCAUUCCACUUCCAUCAUGGAACACUGUCCCAUGGACACUUCCUCCUGACAUCAUUACAUCUGUUUUCCAUCAUGACCUCUUUACACAUUUCCCUCAUAACACUGUCCCUCAUGACCUCUCCAUCAUCAUGACAUCAUGACAACUGUCCAUCAUGACAAUCAUACACUCUCCAUCAGACAUCAUUACACUUCCAUCAUGACAUCAUUACACUGUCCAUCAUGAUACUGUCCAUCAUGACACGGUCCAUCAUUCCACUGUCCCAUCUGACAUCAUUACACUGUCCAUCAUGACACUGUCAUCAUGACACUGUCCAUCAUGACACUGUCCAUCAGACAUCAUUACACGUCCUCAUGACAUCAUUACUAAUACACUGUCCAUCAUAACAUCAUUAACUGUCCCAUCAUGACAUCAUUACACUGUCCAUCAUGACUCUUUUACACUGUCCCUCAUGACAUCAUUCACUGUCCAUCAUGACAUCAUUAUUACACGGCCAUCAUGAAAACUGUCCAUUCAGGACAUCAUUACUUGUCCAUCAUGCCCUGUCAUCAUGACACUGAUCCAUCAUGACAUCAUCACUUCCCAUCAUGACAUCAUGAACUUUCCAUCAUGACAUCAUUACACUGUCCAUCAUGACACUGUCCAUCAUUACACUGUCCAUCAUUACACUGUCCAUCAUUACACUGUCCAUCAUUACACUGUCACUGAGACAUGGAUUGUGUAUGUGUGCCAUUCAGAGGGUGAAUGGGCAAGACAAAAUUUUUUUAAGUGCCUUUGAACAGGGUAUGGUAAUAGUAUGGUUGUGUCAAGAACUGCAAAGCUGCUGGGUUUUUCACGCUCAACAGUUUCCCGUGUGUAUCAAGAACGGUACACCACCCAAAGGACAUCCAGCCAACUUAACAAAACUGGAGUCGACAUGGGCCAGCAUCCCUGUGGAACGCUUUCAACACCUUGUAAAGUCUGUUGAUGUGUUGAAAGGUUUUCAUUUUAUCACAUAGCUAACCAAGUUAGCAAGCAUUGGCAUUUUCUUUUGACUGCGCCCAGGUCGUGCAAGCAAGGAAUAAUCAUUAUGUUGUUGUUUUAGCUGGAUGCUUCAUGUGCAACCCACACCCCUGCUACUUUUUACUUGUGGAUGGUGACUUCAGGUUUUCAAGGAACACAUUAAAAGUGACUCUGUGUUGAUCAGGGAACACAUUAAAAGUGGCACUGUGUUGAUCAGGGAACACAUUAAAAGUGACUCUGUGUUGAUCAGGGAACACAUUAAAAGUGGCACUGUGUUGAUCAGGGAACACAUUAAAAGUGGCACUGUGUUGAUCAGGGAACACAUUAAAAGUGACACUGUGUUGAUCAGGGAACACAUUAAAAGUGACUCUGUGUUGAUCAGGGAACACAUUAAAAGUGGCACUGUGUUGAUCAGGGAACACAUUAAAAGUGGCACUGUGUUGAUCAGGGAACACAUUAAAAGUGGCACUGUGUUGAUCAGGGAACACAUUAAAAGUGACUCUGUGUUGAUCAGGGAACACAUUAAAAGUGACACUGUGUUGAUCAGGGAACACAUUAAAAGUGGGACUGUGUUGAUCAGGGAACACAUUAAAAGUGACACUGUGUUGAUCAGGGAACACAUUAAAAGUGACAAUGUGUUGAUCAGGGAACACAUUAAAAGUGACACUGUGUUGAUCAGGGAACACAUUAAAAGUGACACUGUGUUGAUCAGGGAACACAUUAAAAGUGACACUGUGUUGAUCAGGGAACACAUUAAAAGUGACACUGUGUUGAUCAGGGAACACAUUAAAAGUGGCACUGUGUUGAUCAGGGAACACAUUAAAAGUGACACUGUGUUGAUCAGGGAACACAUUAAAAGUGACAAUGUGUUGAUCAGGGAACACAUUAAAAGUGACACUGUGUUGAUCAGGGAACACAUUAAAAGUGACACUGUGUUGAUCAGGGAACACAUUAAAAGUGACACUGUGUUGAUCAGGGAACACAUUAAAAGUGACACUGUGUUGAUCAGGGAACACAUUAAAAGUGACACUGUGUUGAUCAGUCAGUGCACAUUUGGAUUAUAAUGACAUUGAGAAAAUGUAAUUGACAGAGGAGGGAGCAGACUGAAUUAAUGCCUACGGUAAGGGCUAAAAUUAGCUCCGGAUCUUCUAACAGCAUGUGUGCAUGUAUUAUAAAUUAGCAGCAUACUAUGGGGUAAUGAUCACUUCCUACUGUCGACUCCUCCCAUACCUCCCACUCACAGCUUCCUGCCAUCGCACCAGAUACCAGAGUGAGGUCCAAGGCAGUCUCUUUCCCAGUGGCCACAUCAACUCUGGUCCCUCUGCCAUCAUUCAGGCACACCAGAUCUUUCAUUUCUAUCAGAUUUUGCAUCACUUGGCCAUUUCCAUCCAUCCGUUUCCCUCCCCAAAGCGUGUUGUGGGCGUUAAAAUCCCCACACCACAUGACCUUACUUCUAUCCUGAACCUCCGUCCUCUUCAGCAGUUCCAUGUCCAAUAUCUGACAAGGAUUAUAGUAGUUCACUACCACUAGCACACCUCCUCUAAGCCACACCUCCUCUAAACCACACCUCCUCUAAACCACACCUCACGCCUCUAAACCCCCCCCCCCCCCCCCCCCCCCCCCCCCGUAUGAUAAACUCCACAGUCGGUUUCCUGCCUCUGUUGAUUGAGGUAAUCUCCAACCUCUUCCCAUGUCAACCCUGUCAUACUCAAAUGUCUCCCAGACGCUUUCACUAUUAGCUGAAUCCUCUCUGUUUUAGACUCUACUUUAUCAGUGCUAUUGAUAGCUCCUGCUAUGAACGUCACCAGCUUUCACUAUGAGCUGAAUCCUCUCUGUUUUAGACUCUACUUUAUCAGUGCUAUUGAUAGCUCCUGCUAUGAACGUCACCAGCUUUCUCUUAUCUACAGUACAUUCGGAAAGUAUUCAUACCCCUUGACUUUUUCCACAUUUUGUUAUGUUACAACUUACUUUAAAGGGUUUUCCCCCCUCAUCAAUCUACACACAAUACAAUACCUGAUAUUGACGAAGCAAAAAUAAUUUAAAGACAUUUUUGCAAAUGUAUAAAAAAAUAAAUAUCACAUUUACACAUUUAAUAUCACAUUUACAUAAGUAUUCAGACCCUUUACUCAGUACUUUGUUGAAGCACCUUUGGCAACGAUUACAGCCUCGAGUCUUCUUGGGUAUGAUGCUACAAGCUUGGCACACCUGUAUUUGGGGGAGUUUCUCCCAUUCUUCUCUGCAGAUCCUCUCAAGCUCUGUCAGGUUGGAUGGGGAGCAUUGCUGCACAGCUAUUUUCAGGUCUCUCCAGAGAUGUUGAUCGGGUUCAAGUCCGGGCUCUGGCUGGGCCACUCAAGGACAUUCAGAGACUUGUCCCGAAGCCACUCCUGCGUUGUCUUGGCUGUGUGCUUAGGGUCAUUGUCCUGUUGGAAGGUGAACCUUCGCCCCAGUCUGAGGUCCUGAGAGCUCUGGAGCAGGUUUUCAUCAAGGAUCUCUCUGUACUUUGCUCCGUUCAUCUUUCCCUAGAUCCUGACGAGUCUCCCAGUCCCUGCCGCUGAAAAACAUCCCCACAGCAUGAUGCUGCCACCACCAUGCUUCACCAUAGGGAUGGUGCCAGGUUUCCUCCAGACAUGAUGCUUGGCAUUCAGGCCAAAGAGUGCAAUCUUGGUUUCAUCAAACCAAAUAAUCUUGAGAGUCCUUUAGGUGCCUUUUGGCAAACUCCAAAUGGGCUGUCAUGUGCCUUUUAUUGAGGAGUGGCUUCCGUCUGGCCACUGUACCAUAAGGCCUGAUUGGUGGAGUGCUGCAGAGAUGGUUGGGUUUCGGGAAGGUUCUCCCACCUCCACAGAGGAACUCUGGAGCUCUGUCAGAGUGACCAUCGGGUUCUUGGUCACCUCCCUGACCAAGGCCCUUCUCCCCCGAUUGCUCAGUUUGGCCGGACGGCCAGUUCUAGGAAGAGUCUUGGUGGUUCCAAACUUCUUCCAUUUAAGAAUGAUGAAAGCCACUGUGUUCUUGGGGACCUUCAAUGCUGCAGAAAUGUUUUGGUACCCUCCCCCAGAUCUGUGCCUCUACACAAUCCUGUCUCUGAGCUCUAUGGACAAUUCCUUCGACCUCAUGGCUUGGUUUUUGCACUGACAUGCACUGUCAACUGUGGGACCUUAUAUAGACAGGUGUGUGCCUUUCCAAAUCAUGUCCAAUCAAUUGAAUUUACCACAGGUGGACUCCAAUCAAGUUGUAGAAACAUCUCAUGGAUGAUCAAAGGAAACAGGAUGCACCUGAGCUCAAUUUUGAGUCUCAUAGCAAAGGGUCUGAAUACUUAUGUAAAUCAUUUGUAUUUUUUAUUUGUAAUAAUUUUGCAAAAAAAACUAAAAACCUGUUUUCACUUUGACAUUAUGGGGUAUGUCACGAUCGUCAUAAUGAGCGGACCAAGGCGCAGCGUGAUACGAGUACAUACUUUUAUUUUAGUACUUUCAAAUACACAAAACAACAAAACGAUACGUGAAGUCCUCGGUUAUACAACACAAACCAACACGGAACAAGAUCCCACAAAAGACAAGUGCACAAAAGGCUGCCUAAGUAUGGUUCCCAAUCAGAGACAACAAGCAACAGCUGAUUCUCGUUGCCUCUGAUUGAGAACCACCCCGGCCAACAUAGAAACACAUAACCUAGAACAGAACAUAGAAAACGAAACAUAGACACUACACAAAGAAACGAACACCCUGGCUCAACAUACACGAGUCCCCAGAGCCAGGGCGUGACAGGGUAUUGUGUGUAGAUUGAUGAGGAAAAACAUUUAUUUAAUCCAUUUUAGAACAAGGCUGUAACGUAACAAAAUGUGGAAAUAGUCAAGGGGUCUGAAAACCUUCAGAAUAUACUGUAUGUAACAUCGCCGCCUACCUGCCCCUACCUGCCCCUACCUGCCCCUACCUGCCCCGUAAUCUAGAUGCUCUUAGCCCUUGAACCUGUAUCUCCCUGGACCUGGACCACCCUCACUGCCUCAGCAUAUGACACCCUUCUCUCCGGGACCACCCUCACUGCCUCAGCAUAUGACACCCUUCUCUCCUGGAUCACCCUCACUGCCUCAGCAUAUGACACCCUUCUCUCCUGGACCACCCUCACUGCCUCAACAUAUGACACCCUUCUCUCCUGGACCACCCUUCCACUGCCUGCUUCAUAGAUACAGUGGCUUGUGAAAGUAUUCACCCCCCCUUGGCAUUUUUCCUAUUUUGUUGCCUUACAACCUGGAAUUAAAAUGGAUUUUUUUGGGGGGGGUUGUAUCAUUUGAUUUACACAACAUGACUACCACUUUGAAGAUGCACUUUUUUUUUUUUUUUUGUGAAACAAACAAGAAAUAAGACAAAAAAAACAGAAAACUUGAGCGUGCAUAACUAUUCACCCCCACAAAGUCAGUACUUUGUAGAGCCACCUUUUGCAGCAAUUACAGCUGCUAGUACCUUGGGGUAUGUCUCUAUAAGCUUGGCACAUCUAGCCACUGGGACUUUUGCCCAUUCUUCAAGGCAAAACUGCUCCAACUCCUUCAAGUUGGAUGGGUUCCGCUGGUGUACAGCAAUCGUUAAGUCAUACCACAGAUUCUCAAUUGGAUUGAGGUCUGGGCUUAGACUAGGCCAUUCCAAGACAUUUAAAUGUUUCCCCUUAAACCACUCAAGUGUUGCUUUAGCAGUAUGCUUAGGGUCAUUGUCCUGCUGGAAGGUGAACCUCCAUCCCAGUCUCAAAUCUCUGGAAGGCUGAAACAGGUUUCCCUCAAGAUAUUUCCCUGCAUUUAGUGCCAUCCAUCAUUCCUUUAAUUCUGACCAGUUUCCCAGUCCCUGCCGAUGAAAAACAUUGGUGUUCUCGGCGUGAUGAGAGGUGUUGGGUUUGCGCCAGACAUAGCGUUUUCCUUGAUGGCUAAAAAGAUCAAUUUUAAUCUCAUCUGACCAGAGUACCUUCUUCCAUAUGUUUGGGGAGUCUCUCACAUGCCUUUUGGCGAACACCCAACGUGUUUGCUUAUUUCUUUCUUUAAGCAAUGGCUUUUUUCUGGCCACUCUUCCGUAAAGCCCAGCUCUGUGGAGUGUAUGGCUUAAAGUGGUCCUAUGGACAGAUACUCCCAUCUCUGCUGUGGAGCUUUGCAGCUCCUUCAGGGUUAUCUUUGGUCUCUUUGUUGCCUCUCUGAUUAAUGCCCUCGUUGCCUGGACCAUGAGUUUUGGUGGGCAGCCCUCUCUUUGGCAGGUUUGUCGUGGUUCCAUAUUCUUUAAAUGUUUUAAUAGUGGAUUUAAUGGUGCUCCAUGGGAUGUUAAAAGUUUCAGAUAUAUUUUUCUACCUCCGAACCGCCGCUAGCGUUGGAAACUAUGUUGCUCUUCUCAAACUUCCUUUUCUGCCUCCUCUCUGCCUCCAUAGAUGUCUCUCUCCCCUUCAAACCCCUCCUCCCUUUUCUCUCCCACUUUCUUUUUCUCUUUCCUACUCCCUCCUUUAUUUGUACCACUAUGCUCCAUACUGGCUUCACUUUGUUCUCCAUCACUAUCUCCUACCAUCACUAUCUCCUACCAUCACUAUCUCCUACCAUCACUAUCUCCUAUCAUCUCUGACUCAGUCACAGCACAGCCGUGCCAAACUGCCGCAACACACAGCCGUGCCAAACUGCCGCAAACACACAGCCGUGCCAAACUGCCGCAAACACACAGCCGUGCCAAACUGCCGCAACACACAGCCGUGCCAAACUGCCGCAAACACACAGCCGUGCCAAACUGCCGCAAACACACAGCCGUGCCAAACUGCCACAACACACAGCCGUGCCAAAUUUUAGCAACUUUAUUGAAAAUGAAAUACAGAAAUAUUCAUUUACAUAAGUAUUCACACCCUUGAGUCAAUACAUGUUAGAAUCACCCUUGGCAGUAAUUACAGCUGUGAGUCUUAUUGGGUAAGUCUCUAAGAGCUUUGCACACCUGGAUUGUACAAUAUUUGCACAUUAUUAUUUUUAAAAUUCUUCAAGCUCUGUUAAGUUUGUUGUUGAUCAUUGCUAGACAGCCAUUUUCAAGUCUUGCCAUAGAUUUUCAAGUAGAUUUAAGUCAAAACUGUAACUCGGCAACUCAAAAACAUUCACUGUCUUCAUGGUAAGCAACUCCAGUGUCGAUUUGGCCUUGUGUUUUAGGUUAUUGUCCUGCUGAAAGCUGAAUUCAUCUCCCAGUGUCUGGUGGAAACAGACUGAACCAGGUUUUCCUCUGGAUUCUGCCUGUUUUUAGCUCUAUUCCAUUUCUUUUUUUUAUCCUGAAAAACUCCCCAGUCCUUAAUGAUUACAAGCAAUACCCAUAACAUGAUGCAGCCACCACUAUGCUUAAAAAUAUGUAGAGUUGUACUCUGUAAUGUGUUGUAUUGGAUUUGCCCCAAACAUAACACUUUGUAUUCAGGUCAAAAUGAUAAUUGCUUUGCCAAAUAUUUUGCAGUAUUACUUUAGUGCCUUGUUGCAAAACAGAUGCAUAUUUUGGAAUAUUUGUAUUCUGUACAGGCUUCCUUCUUUCACUCUGUCAUUUAGGUUAGUAUUGUGGAGUAACUACAAUGUUGUUGAUCCAUCCUCAGUUUUCUCCUAUCACAGCCAUUAAACUGUAACUGUUUUAAAGUCACCAUUGGCCUCAUGGUGAAAUCCCUGAGCGGUUUCCUUCCUCUCCGGUAACUGACGCCUUGUAGUGACUGGAUGUAUUGAUACACCAUCAAAAGUGUAAUUAAUAACGUCACCAUGGUCAAAGGGAUAUUCAAUGUCUGCUUUAUUUUCUAUCAUAGGUGGGCUUCUUUGCGAGGCAUUGGAAAACCUCCCUGGUCUUUGUAGUUGAAUCUGUGUUUGAAAUUCACUGCUCGACUCCGGGACCUUACAGACAAUUGUAUGUGUGGGGUACAGAGAUGAGGUAGUCAUUAGAAAAAUCAUGUUAAACACUAUUAUUGCACACAGAGUGAGUCCAUGCAACUUAUCAUGUGACUUGUUAAGAAAAUGUUUACUCCUGAACUUAUUUCGGCUUGCCAUAACAAGACAUUUCAGCUUUUCAUUUUAAAUUCAUUUAUACAAAUGUCUAAAAACAUAAUUCCACUUUGACAUUAUGGGGUAUUGUGUGUAGGCUAGAGACAAAAAAAAAUCUAAAUUUAAUCAAUUUUAAAUUCAGUCUGUAACACAACAAAAUGUGGAAAAAGUCAAAGGGUGCUUUCUGAAGACACUGUAUAAACCUUCUGCACCUCUUCAGACCUAAGCCAAACAUUCUCUGAGGUCCUCCAUGGUGUGUGUCUCUCUCUAGCGGAUAGAGCAUAGCGAGAGAGAGAGAGAGAGCGCGAUCUGAGUAGAUGAGAGAGAGAGAGGCGAGAGAGAGAGAGAGCGAAGUAGUCUAGCCUCUCUCUAGCUCUAAGGAGAGCUCGGCGGACUCUAGAGCGUAGUCUUCUAGAUCUCUCUGUAUCUCUCUCUCUCUAUCUCUCUCUCUCUCUCCUCUCUUCUCUCCGCUCUCUCCUCUUCUCUCUCUCUCUCUGUGUUUGUGUGUGGCAAUAGCAAGAAAUAGACACAACAGGAGUGGUCGCAGUCCGAGGGUGUGGCCAACAGGUAAGUCAUGUCUAAACCUGCUCACCUUGUCUGCUGCAACACCUUGAAGCAGUCUACACUACAUUACACUCUUCACACACACAGAGAGCUUUUCUAAGGAACAACAUACCACUGGAACACAAAACACAACUGGAUUAUAUCGUAUUGAUUCUUUGUAACGGCAUAUAUCAUAAGGUAUCAUGUCUAUCUCCGUGUAUUUCAGCAGUGUGAGCGGUUCCAGAGAGGUAGGUGUUCUCACCUGUCUCAUUCAUUUACCCGGGCGCUCCUACCUUACCACUCUGUCUCUUUACCAGAGUGAUAUAAGGAAGAAGAUGUCAAACUGAUUAUACUUACCUUUCUUGUUCUAACACUUGCACUUUUCUGACCAGCACUGACUUUGCUGAUAGCUGCUUUAUCGAGGAGCGUUGUACUGACUGUGAAUGUGACUUGUGCUUGUCGUACCUAGCUACCUUAACAUGAAUGCACCAACUGUAAGUCGCUCUGGGUAAGAGCAUCUGCUAAAUAACUCAAAUGUAAAAAUGUAAAUGUUUACCUGGCUGCAUCUACCACACCACCUACCACACCACUCCACACUCAGCCUGCCUCGGUCAGGCCACUCCACACUCAGCCUGCCUCGGUCAGGCCACUCCACACUCAGCCUGCCUCGGUCAGGCCACUCCACACUCAGCCUGCCUCGGUCAGGCCACUCCACACUCAGCCUGCCUCGGUCAGGCCACUCCACACUCAGCCUGCCUCGGUCAGGCCACUCCACACUCAGCCUGCCUCGGUCAGGCCACUCCACACUCAGCCUGCCUCGGUCAGGCCACUCCACACUCAGCCUGCCUCGGUCAGGCCACUCCACACUCAGCCUGCCCACGGUCAGGCCACUCCACACUCAGCCUGCCUCGGUCAGGCCACUCCACACUCAGCCUGCCUCGGUCAGGCCACUCCACACUCAGCCUGCCUCGGUCAGGCCACUCCACACUCAGCCUGCCCACGGUCAGGCUGACAGUUUUCAUUACUUAGGCUUAGUUUUCAGUGGACCACGGAACCAGCCGUAUGCAUGCUAUCAAGCCUCUCAGAGUAAGAGUGCUGAUCUAGGAUCACCUGUGGCUUUUACAUCACAAUUAAUAAGAUUACAUGGACAGAUCCAAGAUCAGAACUAGCAAUCUGAGACAUUGAUAGUCACUGACCGCGAGCUCUGCUAUGAAUAUGGUGGGGCUCUUCCUGUCUCAUAUACUGAACCACUUCCUCUCUAAUCAUUAGAAUAUUAAAUUAAACUGAACCACUUCCUCUCUAAUCAUUAGAAUAUUAAAUUAAACUGAACCACUUCCUCUCUAAUCAUUAGAAUAUUAAGUUAUACUGAACCACUUCCUCUCUAAUCAUUAGAUUAUUAAAUUAUACUGAACCACUUCCUCUCUAAUCAUUAGAAUAUUAAAUUAAACUGAACCACUUCCUCUCUAAUCAUUAGAAUAUUAAGUUAUACUGAACCACUUCCUCUCUAAUCAUUAGAAUAUUAAAUUAUACUGAACCACUUCCUCUCUAAUCAUUAGAUUAUACUGAACCACUUCCUCUCUAAUCAUUAGAUUAUUAAAUUAUACUGAACCACUUCCUCUCUAAUCAUUAGAUUAUACUGAACCACUUCCUCUCUAAUCAUUAGAUUAUUAAAUUAUACUGAACCACUUCCUCUCUAAUCAUUAGAUUAUUAAAUUAUACUGAACCACUUCCUCUCUAAUCAUUAGAUUAUUAAAUUAUACUGAACCACUUCCUCUCCAAUCAUUAGAUUAUUAAAUUAUACUGAACCACUUCCUCUCUAAUCAUUAGAUUAUUAAGUUAUACUGAACCACUUCCUCUCUAAUCAUUAGAUUAUACUGAACCACUUCCUCUCUAAUCAUUAGAUUAUUAAAUUAUACUGAACCACUUCCUCUCUAAUCAUUAGAUUAUUAAAUUAUACUGAACCACUUCCUCUCUAAUCAUUAGAUUAUUAAAUUAUACUGAACCACUUCCUCUCCAAUCAUUAGAUUAUUAAAUUAUACUGAACCACUUCCUCUCUAAUCAUUAGAUUAUUAAAUUAUACUGAACCACUUCCUCUCUAAUCAUUAGAUUAUACUGAACCACUUCCUCUCUAAUCAUUAGAUUAUUAAAUUAUACUGAACCACUUCCUCUCUAAUCAUUAGAAUAUUACGUUAUACUGAACCACUUCCUCUCUAAUCAUUAGAAUAUUAAAUUAUACUGAACCACUUCCUCUCUAAUCAUUAGAUUAUUAAAUUAUACUGAACCACUUCCUCUCUAAUCAUUAGAAUAUUACGUUAUACUGAACCACUUCCUCUCUAAUCAUUAGAAUAUUAAAUUAUACUGAACCACUUCCUCUCUAAUCAUUAGAUUAUUAAAUUAUACUGAACCACUUCCUCUCUAAUCAUUAGAUUAUUAAAUUAUACUGAACCACUUCCUCUCUAAUCAUUAGAUUAUUAAAUUAUACUGAACCACUUCCUCUCUAAUCAUUAGAUUAUUAAAUGAUACUGUUCCACAACAGUAUAGAUCAUUCCAUUUUUACUAUAUCCUUCUAUAUUCUGAUUCCCCCCUUAUGGGCCCUGGUCAACAGUAGUGCACUAUAUAGGGAAAAGGGUGCCAUUUGGGAAGCAGACAUAAUGUGUGAUGGCGGUGUUAAGAAAUAAACGAUUCAUAUUACAAAAUAUUCUAAGUAUUACUAUCGUUCUUUAAUUAUUUGCAUUGUUCCCUUCCGUCAGCUGAAGCAGCAGCAGAGCCAGAUCUUCUCCUUCCUGGACUCUAAGAAGAUCAAGUACCAGGCGGUGGACAUCACCCAGGGGUCAGAGGUCAAAGAGGAGAUGAGGAAGAAGACAGGAAACCCUACUGCUCUGCCUCCACAGGUCUUCAACAGGGACGUCUACUGCGGGGUGAGUCUAAUACCAGCUAGCACAAGACCAGGGCAGCGUCCUAAACAGCACCCUGUUCCCUAUAUAGUCCACUACCUUUGACCAGGGGGCCUAUUGUGUAUGUGUGGGCCCUGGUCAAUAGCACAUUUAUAAGGAGUAGGCUGCCAUUGGGGACGCAGUCCUAGCUUCUCUGGUCCUGGAGAGAUACUGGGAGCAGACCUAGCGUCUCUGGUCCUGGAGAGAUACUGGGAGCAGACCUAGCUUCUCUGGUCCUGGAGAGAUACUAGGAGCAGACCUAGCUUCUCUGGUCCUGGAGAGAUACUGGGAGCAGACCUAGCUUCUCUGGUCCUGGAGAGAUACUGGGAGCAGACCUAGCUUCUCUGGUCCUGGAGAGAUACUAGGAGCAGACCUAGCUUCUCUGGUCCUGGAGAGAUACUGGGAGCAGACCUAGCUUCUCUGGUCCUGGAGAGAUACUGGGAGCAGACCUAGCUUCUCUGGUGCUGGAGAGAUACUGGGAGCAGACCUAGCUUCUCUGGUGCUGGAGAGAUACUGGGAGCAGACCUAGCUUCUCUGGUCCUGGAGAGAUACUGGGAGCAGACCUAGCUUCUCUGGUCCUGGAGAGAAACUGGUAGCAGACCUAGCUUCUCUGGUCCUGGAGAGAUACUGGGAGCAGACCUAGCUUCUCUGGUCCUGGAGAGAUACUGGUAGCAGACCUAGCUUCUCUGGUCCUGGAGAGAAACUGGUAGCAGACCUAGCUUCUCUGGUCCUGGAGAGAUACUGGGAGCAGACCUAGCUUCUCUGGUCCUGGAGAGAUACUGGUAGCAGACCUAGCUUCUCUGGUCCUGGAGAGAAACUGGGAGCAGACCUAGCUUCUCUGGUGCUGGAGAGAUACUGGGAGCAGACCUAGCUUCUCUGGUCCUGGAGAGAUACUGGGAGCAGACCUAGCUUUUCUGGUCCUGGAGAGAAACUGGGAGCAGACCUAGCUUCUCUGGUGCUGGAGAGAUACUGGUAGCAGACCUAGCUUCUCUGGUCCUGGAGAGAUACUGGGAGCAGACCUAGCUUUUCUGGUCCUGGAGAGAAACUGGGAGCAGACCUAGCUUCUCUGGUCCUGGAGAGAUACUGGGAGCAGACCUAGAUUUUCUGGUCCUGGAGAGAAACUGGGAGCAGACCUAGCUUCUCUGGUGCUGGAGAGAUACUGGGAGCAGACCUAGCUUCUCUGGUGCUGGAGAGAUACUGGGAGCAGACCUAGCUUCUCUGGUCCUGGAGAGAUACUGGGAGCAGACCUAGCUUCUCUGGUGCUGGAGAGAUACUGGGUGUACUGAAACAUCCUUUUCAAUGUAAUCAGCUGAUCAUGGUCUUCAGUGUAGACCUUAAGCAUUUGAAUCAGAUGUAUAAGUGUCGGCCUGGAACAAAAGGCUGAACGUCAUGCCCAGCCUGCAGUGUGACAUCCUGGUUCUCCUGUCUGACUGGUUGCAUCUAUUCCCUCUAUAGCGCACUACUUUUGACCGGGGACUAUAGGCUGCCAUUUGGAAUGCAGACUGUUUAGGGAAGGGCCAGAGGGUGUGGACCAACGAUCAAAUAAUUACUUAGGCUGCACAACGCCCAUAGCUAUAAGUCAAUACACACACACACACACACACACACACACACACACACACACACACACACACACACACACACAGACACACACACUAGUAAUUCUCCUCCAAGCGGUGCUGGAAUUUCACCACAGCAGGGCGAGUCACGGCCACUUUAAAACAUUCAUGUGAACACAGUACGGCAAACAUCCUUCCUGUUGGGGCGGACUGUCUGGCCACUGGCGUACCACACACACCUGCAGCCCCGACUGUCUGGCCACUGGCGUACCACACACACCUGCAGCCCCGACUGUCUGGCCACUGGCGUACCACACACACCUGCAGCCCCGACUGUCUGGCCACUGGCGUACCACACACACCUGCAGCCCCGACUGUCUGGCCACUGGCGUACCACACACACCUGCAGCCCCGACUGUCUGGCCACUGGCGUACCACACACACCUGCAGCCCCGACUGUCCGGUCACUGGCGUACCACAAACACCUGCAGCCCCGACUGUCCGGCCACUGGCGUACCACACACACCUGCAGCCCCGACUGUCCGGCCACUGGCGUACCACACACACCUGCAGCCCCGACUGUCCGGCCACUGGCGUACCACACACACCUGCAGCCCCGACUGUCUGGCCACUGGCGUACCACACACACCUGCAGCCCCGACUGUCCGGCCACUGGCGUACCACACACACCUGCAGCCCCGGGAAGGCGGAGGGGGGGGGGGGGGGGGGGGGGGUACGGACACUGGGGGUCCCCCCUCCCCAGAUAGCAAAUGAACACGUCCUAAGCCAUGGCAAACAUGUUUAGAAUGACAGAAAAUUUGCUGUAAAACUGCACAAUUCUUUCUCAGCCACAUGGCAAAAUGUAUAGAAUAGCAGGAAAUUAGCUUGCGCAGACUUUGCGGCGGGGGGGGGGGGGGGGGGGACCCACAAAACUGCAGUACGCCACUGUCUUGUCCUGCCCUUUAACAACCUCUGAAUGUAGACAAAUACUGUUCCAUGUUGUUGUUGGGUGUGUAUCAUUGCUGAUCCGGUCUGUCUGUUAUUGUGUUUAAAGCGUUGUGUUCGUUCAUCUGUCCACUCCCAUUUCCAUCUAUUUGCAUCAGUAUUACUCAGAAUUAGUGGAACACACUGCAUCCACAAACACAGCUCUCGCGCUCUCCCUCCCUAUCCAAUUGUUGUUUUUCUCCUCUCUCAUCGCUCUCCCUCCCCCUCUCUCCCCCAUCUCUCAUCGCUCUCUCCCCCAACUCUCAUCGCUCUCUCUGCCCCCUCUCUCCCCCAUCUCUCAUCGCUCUCUCUCCCCCCUCUCUCCCCAACUCUCAUUGCUCUCUCUCCCCCAUCUCUCAUCGCUCUCUCCCCCAUCUCUCAUCGCUCUCUCCCCCAACUCUCAUCGCUCUCUCCCCCAACUCUCAUCGCUCUCUCUGCCCCCUCUCUCCCCCAACUCUCAUCGCUCUCUCUGCCCCCUCUCUCCCCAACUCUCAUCGCUCCCCCCACCCCUCUGUCUCUCUGCAGGACUUCUCUGUGUUUUAUGAGGCGGUGGAGGCUGGAAAAGCAGACGCCUUCUUUAAGCUGUAA